CAGCAGCUGUUUGUUGCGAUUGUCAAUAAAACUUCCAUACAAGCGCAACACACUAUACUCGCCGGUGCGCGACUCUACGAAUUGCCUAUCGUCUCUUUGAGACUUCCUGGCUUUAGUAUAUAUUUCUGCAGCAAACCAUGAGGCUCUGGACAAGCCUCACGACGUCACCAUGGACGCAGACUGGGACGAGAUUGCCCGGGUCCCGUUCCCUCCACCGAACCUCCAUGCGAUGCCGACUCCCGUGUCAACCAUGACCUUCGACAACCUUCAAGAGCUUCUGUGGACAGGCAAUGAAUAUGGUCGCGUCACCUCUUUCUAUGGGGCAGAACUUCAGCGGUACACCUCGUUCAGGUCGCAUGCAGCGACGGAAGGACCAGUGCGACAAAUUCUGGUCAACGACAAAGGUGUGAUAGCGCUGGGAGCCAAGGACCUGCAUAUGGCGAUACGGAGGGGACUCCCGCAAUGGCAUAUCAGACACCCUGACAUGAAGGACCUGAAAUGCAUGAGCUUCACAUCAAAGGGAACCGCUGAAGUGUUACUGGCAGGCCUGCAGGAGGUGAUGCUGGUUGUGGACCUCAAUAAGGGCGAGGUCACAAAGCAGAUACCAACGGAACACCGCUACACGAUAAUGCGCCGCGGGAGGUACAUCUGUGCGGCAACAAAGACGGGAUCAGUCCACCUACUUGACCCGAUCAGCUUUGCAGUGGUUAGGACAUGGAACGCCCACUCGGCCCUGAUCAGCGACAUGGACGCGCAGCACGACUUUAUAGUUACGUGCGGUUACUCACUACGCCAGGGUCAGAACUAUGUUCUGGACCCUUUUCUCAAUGUCUUUGACAUCAAGCAAAUGUCUUCCAUGCCACCAAUUCCCUUUCCAGCCGGGGCUGCGUACGUACGCAUGCACCCUCGCAUGCUGACAACCAGCAUAGUGGUCUCACAAGGCGGCCAGAUACAUAUUGUUGACCUCAUGAACCCCAAUUCUAGCAAUGUGCGUCAGGCCAAUGUUCUGACAUACCUUGCCAUGUUCGACGUCGCACCAUCCGGAGAAGCGAUUGCAUUGACAGAUGCCGACUGUCAGAUACAUCUCUGGGGCUCACCCAGCAAGAUGCACUUUGUUGAUCUGCCGGCACCUGUGGAGUUUGCUACCCCCGAAGAGCCGUCGCCACAGAUAGAAUGGACUGCCGAUACGCCCUCGAAUCUGAUAGGCUUGCCGUACUAUCGAGAGUUGCUCGCAUCUGCCUGGCCGGAGAAUGUCAGCGAUGUAGGCGCACCUCCCGUCAAGUACGAUCCACAGUUCCUCGCCUCGCUCAAACCAAGCGAUUUUGGUCUCUACGGCCGCAACACGCGUGGGCUGCGGCGAAACCAAGUUGAGCUUACACGGGAUUCUGAGAAGCAGGGCAAGACGGGCCUCAAAGCACCCAAAUUCCUCAGCGAGAAGGCGAGAGAGUCAGCCCAGUCCAUUGGCGGCGGGGACGAUAAGGCGGAAGACCUUGCCAGUCCACUCGGGGACAUGACAAUAGACAGCAAGAAAGCAGAGGUGCCGGUGAUGUAUCGGAGUGUCGAGAUCAAGUACAGCAAGUUCGGUGUGGAUGAUUUCGAUUUUGGAUUCUACAACAAGACGCGGCACUCCGGUCUUGAGACGCACAUCUCGAAUUCCUAUGCUAACGCGUUGCUACAAAUCCUGCACUUCACGCCUCUUGUACGCAAUUUGGCUCUCCAACAUGCUGCGACUGCAUGUGUCGGAGAACUGUGCCUACUCUGCGAACUUGGGUUCCUGUUCGACAUGUUAGAGAAAGCCGAGGGCUCGAUUUGUCAGGCCACGAACUUGCUCAAGACGUUGAGCAACUAUCCGCAAGCUGGUGCCUUGGGAUUGCUGGAGGAGGACCCGCACAACACAUCGGUCAAUAUCAUGCUCCAGGGCUUGACUCGCUUCUUGCUUGAUCGGUUCGCGCAAGACUAUAAACCAUUGUCACCGAACCCAGCGGCAAUGGAGCAGAUGCUAACGACACACGCCACGAGCUCGAUCAAAUGUAUGAACUGUAGGAGCGAAUACACUCGGCCCGCGGCGACGUUUGUCAACGACUUGAUGUACCCCUCUUUGAAAGCGCCUGGCCGCAAUGCCAAAUCCCCACGGAUCACCUUUUCGCAGGUGCUGAAACACAGCAUAGAGCGCGAGACCACGUCCAAGGGCUGGUGUAGUCGGUGCCAGAGAUACCAAACGAUAGCAACUAGGAAGACUGUGCACAACAUACCAGCAGUUUUGAUGUUGAAUACCACCAUCACGAGCCAAGAGCACAAGAUGCUCUGGGCGACUCCGGGCUGGCUCCCGGAAGAAAUUGGCAUCAUAGUGGAGCAAGGCCAAUUCUUCUGUUACGAGGGCGAAGACCUCAAACUGCACCUGCAGAGGGGGAUACAUAACAUAACUGUCUACUCUCUUGUAGGCGCUGCCGUCAACAUUGAGAACGGCCAGGCACAGAAGCCUCAUCUUGUGUCUGUAAUCAAUGUUGCCCACGCUGAACCCACUGACCCCGGCAAAAGCAAGUGGCAUCUAUUCAACGACUUUCUCGUACGCUCGGUGACUGCCGAGGAGGCUCUGACAUUCAACACCGCGUGGAAGUUGCCAUCGGUGCUGGCGUUCCAAGUCAAGGAAGCCAAUAACCAGAUGGACACCUCAUGGAAAACAGCGCUCGACACCUCGUUGCUGUACCAAGAUUUCAAUCCUAACGCGGAUCCAGCUACCAAGACGUACCAGGUGCUGAACCCAGACACGGAGGCUCCAGGCCCCGGCACGAUUAUUGCUCUUGACACCGAAUUCGUUGCUGUACGACAGCCAGAGAUCGAAAUGAACUCGGAUGGCGAGCGAGAGACGAUCCGCCCAAUAGUAUACGCCCUGGCUCGUGUAUCUGUCGUUCGCGGGCAGGGUCAAGACGAGGGAAAGCCGUUUAUCGACGAUUACAUUGCUAUCAGAGAGCCGAUCGUCGACUACCUCACUUCCUACUCCGGUAUCACACAGCAGGAUCUCGAUCCGCGCGUGGCCAACCACUGCAUUUUGUCCUUGAAAAAGGCAUACAAGAAGCUCUGGAUCUUGCUCAACCUUGGCUGCAAGUUUCUCGGCCACGGCCUCAAGCAGGACUUUCGCGUCAUCAACAUUCAUGUACCCAAGGUGCAGGUCAUUGACACCAUCGACUUGUUCUUCCUCAAGGCGCGCCUUCGCAGGCUCUCCCUCGCAUUCUUGGCUUGGUAUCUGCUCAAGGAGGACAUUCAGCUGGAGACACACGACUCGAUUGAGGAUUCACGGACGGCACUAAAGUUGUACCGGAAAUUCCUCGAGUUUGAGGACGCAGGGAUUCUAGACCAGAUGCUACUGGACAUAUACCGAGUCGGUCGGGAUGUUAACUUCAAGCCGCCGAGGAAGGAGGGUCAAGGGAUCCAAAGAACGGACACACCGCCGCUGCCAGCAGAGGGCUCAACUGGCCCGCCGACGACUCCUAAGAGGGACUCGGGCUCUUUGACGGCCAGCGUCCCUGGUUCGGCAUUUGGAGGGACUUUGAGCUGGACGCCUGGCAAAGGGUCGCCAAUGAGAUAAGGUAGUCAGCGAACACGGGUGAGUUUGAUGAACAGACGAAUAGUCAAUGUAGUGCUUUAGCAAUGGCAUACAUAUUCAGAACGGCAUGGUUUGUAUUGA